AUGCGCUGGAGUACGCCUUGGUCAUCGGGGCAGAGGCACAUGCUUCCUCAUGCUCGGCAGUUGGUGGCAAUCUGGAGAUUCUACUUGAUUUUGUUGUUAGCUGAACUCAGCGCUGCAAAAUCAUUAAUGGAUAUGAGCCCCAAAAAUGUGUGUGAAACAGAUGCCUGCAAACAAAGAGCUAAAAUGAUGUUGGACAGCAUGAACCAGUCUGAGGAUCCUUGUACUGACUUCCAUGAAUACGCCUGUGGGAACUGGAAAAAAACACACAAAAUACCUGAUGACGAUACCCAAAUCGGAAUGUUUCAUAUUCUUCAUGAUAAGCUUGAAAUGGACUUAAAAAGUAUUUUAUUGAACGCUACACUUGAAGGAAAAGAGCCUCAGAAUGCUACUAAUAAGGCUAUUUUGGCCUACAGAGUCUGCGUUUGUGAAACUGUCAACGAAACAGAGAAAUUUAAUGACCUGCUGAAGGUACUUAAGGGAGGUGGCUUUUCCAAGUGGCCACUACUGAACGAAGAAGAAUCACCUUACAGAAACUACACUCAGCUACUCGACCAAUCAAAUAUUUUUCCAUUUGUUAGUUCCUCAGUAUCCCAGGACUCUAAAAAUAUUCAAUCAAACGUGAUUUACCUCGACCAAAUUUCGUUUGGCUGGGUUGGUCGAAAUGAACUGAUCAACCAGGAGACAGAAGCCAGUAAGAAAAUAGUUAUGGCCUACAAGAAACUUAUUCAGGCAAUUGCGAAGGUCUUCAAGCCCAACUUAACUGAGGACAAGGCUCAGAAACUUUCUGAGGAAAUAUUAAAGUUUGAGGCCACACUGGCAAAGAACUCAAAGUCUGAGGAAGACUGGCGUAACUUGUCCUCAACGUACAACGAAAUGAACAUCUCUAUCUUGUCAGAGACAUAUCCGAAGAUUGAAUGGCUGAAACUAUUAAAUUAUUGGUUUGAACCGGCCAAUAUGACACUCAAUGAGAGCGAACGUGUGAUUGUAAAGGAGCCUGAAUACAUUAAACGUAUUGAGGAACUUCUGGAAGGAGAAAAUAUAUCUACGCUGUACAAUUUUGUGUACUGGACUCGGAUCCGAGCUCAAGGUGCUGGGGCAUCCAAAAACCUAGAAAAGCUCUUCUUUAACUUUAAUAAAGAGGCAUUCGGCGUAAAGAAAGACAGACCAUGGUGGAAGAAGUGUCUCACCCGUAUAUCAAGCUCAAUGACACACGCAUUAGGUCGUCUUUACGUGGACAAGAGGUUUGAUCCCAAAGCCAAGAAAACUAUUGACGAAUUGGUGGGUGUGCUUGACAGUACUUUUGGAGAGAUGCUUGAAAAUAAUACAUGGAUGGAUAAAUCUACACGUGAGGAGGCAAUGCAGAAGCUUCAAAAAAUGACAGCAAAAAUUGGAUACCCUUCUUGGAUACUAAACGAGACGUAUCUUAAUGACCUUUAUAAAUACGUGCCUGCAAUUUUUUUGAACUCUUCAUUUGUGAAUGUUCGGCGCGGCCUGAAUUUCAAUCACCACCUUCAGGAACUUCUCAGAUUACGAAAACCAUAUAAGAGAGAAGAUGAGUGGGUCACAGGUGCGGCAGUGAUAAAUGCGUUUUACGGUGUGCUGGAUAACGACAUCACCUUCCCUGCUGGAAUACUUCAGCCGCCACUUUUUCAAGACGGUGUGCCUUCAUCAAUCAACAUGGGAGCGAUUGGGGCAAUUAUAGGUCAUGAAAUUACUCAUGGGUUUGACAAUAUUGGAAGACAAUAUGAUGCUGGUGGACAUCUGCGAAACUGGUGGACCGAAAGCGCUAAACGAAUUUUUUUAGAAAAAGCUCAAUGCUUCAUAGAACAGUACGGCAAUGUUACCGUAAAGGAAGUGAACUUGACGAUAAACGGAAUAAAUACUCAGGGUGAAAAUAUUGCCGACUAUUCUGGCAUAAGAGCGGCGUAUCUGGCAUUCAGAAAGUUUAAUGACACUGACGAGGUGCUCCCCGGGUUAAACUUAACAGGAGACCAGCUGUUUUUCCUUUCAAAUGCAAUGAUAUGGUGCGAAAACAACAGGGUAGAAGAACUGCGACAUCAUGUACAAUAUUACCCCCACAGCCCUGGCAAGUAUCGGGUGAACAUUCCAAUGGGAAAUUCUCCAGAUUUCAUCCGUGUUUUCUCCUGCAGUCCUAACUCGAUUAUGAACAUUCAAAAGAAGUGCGCAUUGUGGUAA